UCCCAGCAGCCCUAGCGCACCAGCCGCUGGCGGGACGAGAGUGCCGAGCUGUCCGCUCCGGAGACCGCGGAGCUUCACGUCCCUGUUGCUGCGAUGGCUUCCUUUGUCACAGAAGUUUUGGCUCACUCGGGGAGCUUGGAGAAGGAGGAUCUCGGCACUCGAAUCACUCGUCUGACUCGGCAGGUGGAGGAGAUCAAGGGUGAGGUGUGCAGUAUGAUCAGCAAGAAGUACAGUGAAUUCCUUCCAAGCAUGCAGAGUGCACAGGACCUGGUCACCCAGGUGGAUAAGUUAUCCAAGGACAUUGACUUGCUGAAAUCCAGGAUAGAGAGUGAGGUCCGCCGGGAUCUUCAUGUGUCAACUGCUGAAUUUACGGACUUGAAGCAACAAUUGGAAAGAGACUCCGUGGUCUUGAGUUUGCUUAAACAGCUACAAGAGUUUUCUACUGCUAUUGAAGACUAUAAUUGUGCGUUGGCAGAGAGAAAAUAUGUCACAGCUGCUCAGCAUCUGGAAGAGGCACAGAAAUGCUUGAAGCUGUUAAAGUCGCGAAAGUGUUUUGAUUUAAAAAUGUUGAAGUCUCUCAGCAUGGAGCUUACCAUACAGAAACAGAAUAUACUUUACCAUCUCGGAGAAGAGUGGCGGAAGCUGAUUGUGUGGAAGUUCCCCCCAUCAAAAGAUACCAGCAGUUUAGAAUUUUGCCUGAAAACGGAGCUUCAUUUGUGUACUGAAGAAUCCCAGGAUGAGAAGGCGCCUACACCACCCAUCGCUUCUGUACUUUUGGCGUUUUCUAUUCUUGGAGAGCUACAUACUAAGCUCAAAUCAUUUGGUCAGAUGCUGCUGCAGUACAUCCUUAGGCCUCUGGCCUCUUUCCCGUCCCUCAACGCGGUGAUAGAAAGCCCGCCCGGUGCCGUUGUUGUUCGUUUUGAGUCUCUGUUGACUGACCUGGAGCAUCCGUCGCCCUCUGAAGUUUUCACAAAGAUCCGACUGGUACUGGAGGUGCUCCAUAAAUAUCUUCUGGAUUUGCCUCUUGACACUGAUGUGGAGAAUGAGAACUCGUCUAAAAUCCCGCUGUCCGAGGUGCUCGGCAGCGUGAUCUGGGAGGACUUGUCCGAGUGCCUCAUCAAGAACUGUUUGGUUUACUCCAUCCCCGCGAGCAGCAGCAAGCUGCAGCAGUACACGGAGAUCAUAGAGUCCACUGAAGAAUUUGAAAAUGCCCUAAAGGCAAUGAGGUUUCUAAAAGGAGACACUACUGAUUUGCUGAAAUAUGCUCGUAAUAUCAACUCUCAUUUCGCUACUAAGAAGUGCCAAGAUGUGAUUGUGGCAGCCAGAACCCUAAUGACCUCCGAGAUUCACAACACUGUGAAGAUUGUUCCUGAUUCUAAGAUAAAAGUCGCAGACUUGCCCAGUCCUGGCGAAGAUGACAAGCUAGCAGUGCAGAAGGUGUCUACAGCUCUGUACGAUGAAGCAGUGAGCUUACAGCCUGGCAGCACGUUGGACCAACAUUCCUUUUCUUUGCCCGCGUGCCGUAUCAGUGAAUCAGUGAAGAAAUUGAUGGAGCUUGCCUAUCAGACUUUGCUAGAAGCAACAACCAGUAGUGAUCAGUGUGCUGUUCAACUUUUCUACUCAGUGAGGAAUAUCUUUCAUCUGUUCCAUGAUGUUGUACCAACAUAUCAUAAGGAGAAUCUGCAGAAACUGCCCCAGUUGGCCGCCAUCCACCACAACAACUGCAUGUACAUUGCUCACCACUUGCUGACCCUUGGGCACCAGUUCAGGUUACGUCUGGCGCCCAUUCUGUGUGACGGCGGCACUGCUACCUUUGUGGACCUUAUACCUGGCUUCAGAAGACUCGGGACAGAAUGUUUUUUGGCGCAGAUGCGGGCACAGAAAAGUGAACUUCUGGAGAGAUUAUCAAGCGCCAGGAAUUUUUCAAACAUGGAUGAUGAAGAGAAUUAUUCUGCAGCAAGUAAAGCAGUUCGGCAGGUGCUACACCAACUGAAGAGGCUUGGAAUUGUAUGGCAGGACGUCCUGCCAGUGAACAUAUAUUGCAAAGCUAUGGGAACUUUACUAAAUACAGCGGUUUCUGAGAUCAUUGGCAGAAUCACUGCCCUUGAGGACAUCUCUACUGAGGAUGGUGACAGAUUGUAUUCCUUAUGCAAGACAGUGAUGGAUGAAGGACCUCAAGUAUUUGCUCCUCUGUCUGAGGAAAACAAGAACAAGCAGUAUCAGAAAGCAGUUCCAGUCUACGUACCCAAAUGGAUGCCUUUCAGAGAACUGAUGGUGAUGCUGCAAGCGAGCUUGCAAGAAAUCGGAGAUCGAUGGGCAGAUGGAAAAGGGCCUCUGGCAACUGCCUUCUCUUCCAGUGAAGUAAAAGCUUUAAUUCGUGCCUUAUUCCAGAACACAGAAAGAAGAGCGGCUGCCAUUGCUAAGAUUAAAUAAUUCAUUUUCCUGAGAAAAACUGUGUUUUGAUUCUGUGGAUUCCUCCUGUUGUGUAAUUAUGCCCGUAAGACUUUCUGGAAGUUUGGCUUUAUGUAAAGACACCUCACCUCCUGGCCCGCGUGCGGCCCUGUUGUGGGAUGGGAUAGUGGGAUGAGAUCGCAAGGAAGAACCUCAGUUCACUGACUCUCAGCCGCCUGCCUUUGAUAAUUACCAAACUGUGAUUCCCAGUGCAAAAACAACACAUGCACGCAUGCACAUGUGCGCACACCCAUAUACACACACAGAAAAAGGAACUAGGACAGGAGUAUUUUAUGCUGCUUCCUGGCCCUCUGGAAACUACAUACGUUAUAAUUUUAGGUCCUGGCUUUGGAUUAAGGAAUCCAAGAGAUCCUAAGAGGGCAAAUACUUCAUGAGAUUUGCUGAGAGAGUGUCUAUGAUCAUUAUAUUUGGUCUUGCAAGAGUUAGGGCUAAUUCCUGUAGUAUUUCCAGUGACUAAUGUAUUUCAGAGUUAAAGGUAUCUUUAAAAAUGUGGGAAUUUCAGCAAAGAGAGAGAACAGGUUGUCCUACCCAUGCUUUUCUUUCUGUUGUCAUCUGUGACCCACACAGAGCACUCCCUGACUUGUCAUGUGCGUUCUUUGUAGCAUGACCUAAUAAUAACUUUCUGAGAAUUCCUAGGUGUCUUAUAACUCUAUGUUUUGGGGACUUUCUGCUGUUUCAGCUAUGUUUAAUUUUUUGGACUGGAAUUUCCCCAGUUGUUUCCAUACCCUAUCAGAUGUAAGGUUUUAAAUUACCCAUGUUCUGGGGCUGGAGAUUUAGCUCAGCGGCAUAAGCGCCUGCCUUGCAAGCAGGCAGUCGUGCGUUCGAUCCCUGGUACUGAUAAAAAGGAAAAAGACCAAAAAAAAAUUUUUUUUUACCCAUGUUCCUGUACAGUAUGUAUGCCAUAAACUACUAAUAUUGGGCCUUACAGCCUGAUCCUUUGUUUGGUGGACAAACCUUAUUCUUUAGCUCAACUUUCUGUGUAUUUAAAUCUUUGCAGCCAUUGGAGGUCACAUUAUGUUAUCUUGAACCUGUCUAGGACUUUAGAUUGUAUGUCUUUUUACUGUGUUAUAGUUUCUCCUCCUGAAAGAGGGCAGAGAAUGUGAUUGGUUUUUUUCCUUGAUUCUUUUUAAAAUAUAUUUUUAUUGGUGCAUAUUGCUUUUUCAAAAUA